AUGGGCCUACUUAUAUCGAAAAUUUGGAGCUUGUUCGGGAACGAAGGAAGGUCCAUUCAGUGGAAUAUUAAUACAUUCACUAAUCAAACUGCUGUUGUUUUUCCAGAACACAAGUUGGUACUAGUGGGUUUGGACAAUGCCGGUAAAACAACAAUCUUGUACCAGCUGUUGUUGGGGGAGGCGGUUCAUACUCGUCCCACCAUUGGUUCUAAUGUAGAGGAAGUAGUAUGGAGGAACCUUCGCUUUGUUAUGUGGGACCUCGGUGGACAGCAGAGCCUCAGAUCGGCAUGGAACACUUACUACACUAACAGUGAAUUCAUUAUAAUGGUGGUUGACUCGACCGAUCGUCAGAGACUGGGCAUCAGUCGUGAGGAGCUUCACCGGAUGUUGGCUCAUGAAGAACUCAGCAAGGCAUGCCUACUAGUGUUUGCUAAUAAACAGGAUGUGAAAGGGUCAAUGACCGCGGCGGAGAUCUCCCAGCAGCUGGACCUCACCUGUAUCAAGCAGCAUCCCUGGCACAUUCAGGCCUGCUGCGCUCUCACCGGCGAGGGGUUACACCUCGGCCUGGAGUGGAUAGCGAGCAGGAUAAAGAAGAAAUGA